UGUUUGCGUUGCGUUGGCCACAUUUUAGAGACAUUGAAGUGUAUGGUCGUUCUUAACUUCAAGCUAUGUUUAGUUAUGUCGCAUGUUCAUUUAAAAUAUAAUUUUGAAAAUUACAUGUAGAAAAACUUGCAUCAUUAACUUCCUUUUUAAACAAAAAACUGUCAUUUGUUUCACAUGGAAACGUAGGAGUAAUACCUCUGAUCGAUCUUUGUUCGUAGCGUGAUGUGAGCAUGUUGUAGUGGUAACACUGCACCUCAUAUAAUGUUUACAGUCUAAUUUAAUCCGUAAAAAUAUUAAUGAAAGGAAAAGGCCUGAUAUAGUUUCAUAAAUCUACUGGAAAAGUUAACGCAACAGCUACCGAAAAUUUUACUACAUUGCAACAAUGAGCGAAUCCCAAGAAGUUUCUGAUAUAGAAAAGAAAAUUUUUGAAGCUAUUGAGAAGAACGAUGCGCUAAUGCUGAAAACAUUACUAACCGAAGUUCAAGAUGUAAAUUUUUUGGAUGAGAAUCUGAUGACACCAUUGCAGCAUGGAGCCUACAAAGGAAGCAAAGAGAUUGUGCAAAUGUUGCUUGAUAAAGGUGCCGAUGUAAAUCUUUGCGAGCACCAACACAACUAUACAGCUCUCCACUUUGCCGGUCUGUCUGGGAGUACCGACGUUUGCCUCGCUCUGCUCAAUAGCGGAGCAAAAUCCAAUGUCACCAACACAGUAGGCAGGACACCUUCGCAAAUGGCAGCAUUUGUAGGACAUCACAAUUGCGUCGCGAUAAUAAAUAAUUACGUGCCAAAAGAAGACGUAAUACACUACACCCACUCAAACGGAACGGAUAAGGAACCCCUCCUGCCGUCGUUUCUAGUGGAAAGUUUUCACAAGUUCAUUAUGCAGAUCAAUAUAAAUCCCGUAAAAGUUAUCUUGAAUGUGUACAGUUUCGUCGGCCUUCAAGAUCACUUGCAAGAGAUCAAGAAAGUGUUGGAGCUGAUGUGCGAGAGGGAAAUGAAAAAAGGGUCCGAGACCAACGAGGUCAUGUCCUUCAAGUUUCAUUACUUGGCAUACAUCCUCAAAGAGAUUGUGACGCUUAGGCAGAGACAGUUGGCAAAAAAAGAGUCGAACGGAACGUUGACUGAAGACAAGAAAAUCGACGUGACCGAAAUAUUUACCAGAAAACUGUUGAAGCCAGGUAAAGACGGCAGUUACGAAUUUAUGAAUGAUUUCCUCAUGGACUGUUUAAGGGAGUAUCCUUUCCGAGAUACGACUUUGUUUAGACAGAUGGUGACUAGUUUGGCGGGCCAGGAAGCGCCCUCCGCUUUAAGCGUCGUCACGGCUGCUAUAAAUGGACAACGCGGUUUUCUCGAUAAUGUACCGACGUGCGACACUUGCGGUGAAGAGAAACCGUCAAAGAAGUGUUCGAAAUGUAAAGUGGUGCAGUAUUGCGAUCGAAACUGUCAGAGGCUGCACUGGCAUUGGCACAAAAAGUCCUGCGCGCGAAUCGUUCCUGAACCGUCUAAAGCAGCCCCCAGCGUCAGCCGCAUAUCAUCGGAUAUACAGAAUUUGUUAGUCAAUUAAAAUGCCCGCCAAAUUCAUUUGGGAAUUCUAUCAAGUCGUUGCAUUUACUGUGUAUAUAAAGUACGAAAAUACAUCAUCCCAGGUGUCGUGAAAUUUUUGCGGAUGACGAUGGUACUUACUGAAUGUUUUGUGAUUUAAUUUUUUUAUGUAUAUUUU